AUGGCGUCGAAAAGGAAAAGACCCCUGUCGCACUCCUCGGAGUCAGACCGAGAUGCGGAGAGCAGCGCGCUGGAGAGUGACAGCGGAUCAGAGGCCGGCGCGGCGUCUCCAGAGACGCAGAAGCGCAGCAAACGGGCGCCCAGCGACGCGGCACAGAUCGGCCGGGAGCAAGAGUUGUCACGAUCUGUAGCGGUCUCCACUUUGGACGGAGAAGAAAUGGAAACAAAGGGCCGCACCACAAGAAAGCGAGAGCCGCGCGCCGCUCCUGGCGAGGCGACCGACAUGUCCAAAGCAUUUCAGGACAUUAUGAGUCGGCCUCUUCCACAGUCUUCUCCCGGCCGGAGCGAGCGUCCCUCGGGCCUCAAAAGGACACAAUCAGACACCUGUCGCGCGUCGGAUGCAGGGACGCCCGAGACCGCCCCAGUCCUCGUCGAGAGGCCAGGGAUUUUUGAGGAGUUGAAGAAACAGAAGGAGGAGGAGCGCGUGAAGCGGCGUCUUCUUGCGGCGCGCCGGAAACAACGCGAAGCAUCUCACGUAAAGCCCUCAGCAGGCGACCGAGAGUACGAGAAGUCUCUUCGGAAAAUCGCGAGCAAAGGCGUGGUCCGAUUCUUCAACGUCCUGAUGAAGUUCCGACGUGAACAGGCGGAGCGCGAAGGAGACGAGACGCAGCUGAAGCGGCAGAGGAAGCGAGAUUCCUUUACCCGGAGGCAGAAAGGGAGGAAAAUGAAUGAAGGUGACUCGAGGAAAACUCAGAACUUCAUGAAGAUGCUCAAGUCUGAGGAGUGA